AGAACAAGCCCGGCCAUGGCGAGGGUCUCUUGUUUGCCAAGGCAACCUGCAAAAACGCUGUGGUACGACCGCCCGCGGUACGUCUUCCUGGAGUUCUGCGUGGAGGACAGCACAGACGUUAAAGUCGACAUUGACGACCACCGGGUGGUGUUCAGCUGUAAAAAUGCAGACGGCGUGGAGAUGUACAACGAGAUCAACCUGUACGCCAGGGUGAACUCCAAAGACUCGCAGCAGAAGCGCUCUGACCGUUCCAUUACCUGCUUCAUAAGGAAGUGGAAGGAGAAGGUGGCAUGGCCGCGCCUCACCAAGGAGAACAUCAAGCCAGUCUGGCUGUUUGUGGACUUUGAUAACUGGCGAGACUGGGAAGGGGAUGAGGAGGCAGAAAUGGCCAUGGCUGAGCAGUACGCAGAGCUCCUGCAGAAGGUCACUGUUAAAGGCACACCCCCUGCAAUGGACGACCUGGAUUUCACCACCAGGGUCGCGUCGUGCCGCCCCGCGGAGCUGCCGGCCGAAGGCGGCGCGAAGGAGACGCUGCGGGGCUUCCACGUGGUGCUGGAGGACACGAUUCUCUUCCCCGAGGGCGGGGGCCAGCCCGACGACCGGGGACUCAUCGCCGACAUCCCCGUGCUCCGCGUGACCCGGCAGGGCCCGGCCGCUGUCCACUUCGUGCAGACGCCGCUGGAGCCGGGCAGCGAGGUGCUGCUGACGGUGGACUGGGACCGGCGGUUUGACCACAUGCAGCAGCACUCAGGGCAGCAUCUCAUCACUGCCCUUGCAGAUCUGAUGUUUGGAUUCAAAACAACUUCAUGGGAGCUAGGCCAUCAGCGCACUGUCAUCGAGCUGGACACACCUUCGGUGACAGCAGAACAGGUGGAGGCUCUAGAGAAGAAUGUGAAUGAGAAGAUCCGGGCCCGUAUUCCUGUGGUGGUGAGGGAGCACUCUGAGGAUGACCCAGAGAUUGAGACGGUGAGACGCCGCGGUCUGCCCGAGAACCACACAGGGCCAGUGCGUAUCAUAAGCAUCGAGGGCAUAGACGACAACAUGUGCUGCGGGACUCACGUCUCCAACUUAAGUGACCUGCAGGUUAUUAAGCUCCUUGGCACAGAAAAGGGAAAAAAGAACAAAACCAACUUGGUCUUUCUGGCAGGAAAUAGAGUACUGAAGUCUGUCGAGCGAAGUCACAGCAUCGAGAAGGCACUAACCUCGCUGCUUAAAAAUGGAGCAGAGGAGCACGUGGAGGCUGUGAAGAGGCUGCAGAAUUCUGUGAAGCUGCUUCAGAAGAACAACUUGAACUUGCUUAGAGACCUCGCUGUUUUGACAGCACAGAACUUCAAAAGCAAUCCAGGCCGAGGCCGAGUGUUUGUGUUGCACAGGAAAGACGGUGACUCUGAGUUCAUGAAUAUCAUCGCCAAUGAGAUCGGGACAGAGGACACCCUGCUCUUCCUGACUGUGGGAGACGAGAAGGCAGCUGGGCUCUUCCUCCUGGCUGGGCCCAGUGAAGUGGUUGAAAAAUUAGGCCCCAGAGUGGCGGAACUGCUGGAAGGCAAAGGAGCCGGGAAACGGGACCGCUUCCAAGGCAAGGCGACCAGGAUGAGCAGGCGAGCAGAGGUGCAGGCCCUGCUCCAGGACUUCAUUGGCCACCAGACCCUGGAGGAGUAAGGACCAGCCCUCGCCAGAGGAUUCCCCCAUCUGCUGCUCAUGGACCUGGGACGACAGGGUCACUUGCUGACUCCCUCUAGAUGAAUAAAAGUUGUGUUACGAGAAUGAUGUGUGCACGCGCAGAGCCCUGACGACCAAGCUGCCUGGGCUCUGACCUCAAACCAGGUCCUGUGGUUCCGGGCUAUGCCAGGGGGUGCGUGGGGGGAGGUUGGGUGGGGAGAGGAGCAGGGAGCGCCAGGCGUAUUUGGGCAGGGGGCUGACGCCCUCUGUUUCCCACUGGCCUGGCCAUGAUGUUGCAGACUUUCCCCAGAUAAAUGGUACAACUAGCUUCCUUAACUGGACGCUUCCUGGCGCUGCCGUUCUUGGCCAGGGCUGGGGACCACACUGCCAGGCAGAGCUCCUUUGCCAUCCCUCAUGGUCCAGCCUCCAGCAAACCCAGGGAACAUCGUGCUGUAAGCCACGAUCCUUGGCUUUUGCCUCAUUUUCCAUUGGUGGCCAGUACCAGCCUUGAAGAGCAACAGGUGAUGACUGCAGUGUGAGUGGGUUUAUUCCGGGUUACUGUGACCAGUACAAACACCCCUUUACAUGUACUUGGUGCGGAGAAUGGGGACGAGGGAGGUUAAUCCCAGUAGGGGGCUGGGCUCUGACAAUUGCUAACCCUUUCAGAGAACACCAAGGUAGCUCACAGGAGUCCCUAUUCAGGAUCCUGUGCGCGCUGCCCUCCAGAUGAGGGACACGCCUGCAGGAGCCCGAGUGAUAGAGGUAGGAUGUUGCACCAUCACUCAUGUUGGCCAAGCAGUUUUCACUUUAACCAGGGCAACAGGAAACCUCGGGGGGUGAGGGGGAUGCAACGUUAUGGCAGGAAUCAAAGGUGAGACUGGCUCAUGCUGGUCUCUCAGUCACCCUGCCUCGCAGAGCUGGAACCAGAUU